AUGAUUCGAUGCGGUCGAAUAUACUUCGCGCCGGCCAAGCAGCCAACUGCAGAAACUCCAAAGCCUCACCUACUCUCCUCUCUGCGCCAAUCGUCCUUCCAAGCGCGAAGAUGUCUAGCCACGAGCCACGACCCGCCCACUGCCCGUAAUGUCGACCUCGCCUCCCGCACCCCACCCUACGCCAAGUUGCUCUCUCGCCUUGAAGAAGUACGGCGCGUACUGGGAUCUUCACGACAAUUGACUUUGGCCGAGAAGAUUCUCUACUCGCAUCUUGAGAGUCCGGAGGAGUCGCUUAUGAACAACACAAAUGGUGGAAGGAACAUCAGAGGUCAGGCAAACUUGAAAUUGAAGCCGGACCGCGUUGCUAUGCAGGAUGCCAGUGCCCAGAUGGCUUUGUUGCAGUUCAUGAGCUGCGGGCUGCCGAGCACGGCGGUCCCUGCUAGUAUACAUUCACCCUCGAGGCCGUACAAGAUAUACCAUGAGCACCUCGCUGAUCAGACUUCACAGGGAGAAAAAGGUGCUGACACCGACCUUCCACAAUCGAUUGCGGGUAACAAGGAGGUCUUCGAUUUCCUCGAGUCGGCAGCGAAGAAAUACGGAAUUGAAUUCUGGCCACCAGGCGCUGGUAUCAUCCAUCAGUCUGUGCUGGAGAACUACAGUGCCCCUGGCUUGAUGAUCUUGGGCACAGACAGCCACUCCCCGAAUGCUGGAGGUUUGGGAUCAAUCACAAUCGGUGUCGGUGGUGCGGACGCAGUGGACGCCCUAGUGGAUGCGCCAUGGGAGCUCAAGGCACCUAAAAUUCUGGGUGUGAAGCUCACUGGAGAACUCAGCGGAUGGGCUUCCCCGAAGGACGUAAUCUUGAAGUUAGCUGGCGAGCUGACCGUCCGGGGUGGCACUGGUUUCAUCAUUGAGUACUUCGGACCUGGUGUGCAGUCUUUGAGCUGCACUGGUAUGGCGACUAUUUGCAACAUGGGUGCCGAAGUCGGCGCAACUACCUCGCUCUUCCCCUUCUCUCCUGCACACAUCCCCUAUCUCCAAGCCACACAUCGAGGACCGAUCGCUGAGGCUGCUCAAAAGAUUGCCAAUUCACCAAUGCAGCAGAACCUCCUCCGUCCCGAUGCGGAAGCCGCUUACGACAAGGUUAUUGAGAUUAACCUCUCAGAACUUGAACCACACAUCAACGGACCAUUUACUCCUGAUCUAUCAACACCUCUUUCGAAGUUCAAGUCAGUAGUGGAAGAGAAGGGGUGGCCACAAACCUUCGGCGCUGGUCUCAUUGGUAGCUGCACGAACAGCUCUUACCAGGACAUGACCCGAUCAGAAGAGAUCGUGAAGCAGGCAUUGGCAGCUGGCCUUAAGCCCAAGGCGGAUUUCUUCAUUACCCCUGGCAGCGAACAAAUCCGUGCAACGUUGGAACGGGAUGAAACCCUCCAGACGUUCACUGAAGCUGGAGGUACUCGUACCGACGACGUAAAGAACGGCGAAUCCAACGCUAUCUUGACCUCAUACAACCGCAACUUCCCCGGUCGUAAUGACGGCAACCGAGCAACAAUGAACUUUCUGGCUUCUCCUGAGCUCAUCACCGCUAUGUCGUACUCUGGCUCCACGACCUUCAACCCAAUGACUGAUUCUAUACCGACGCCAGACGGCAAGCCUUUCAAGUUCACGCCACCAAAGGGCUCUGACCUCCCCUCUGCCGGUUUUGCAGACGGUAAUCCUGACUUCAUGCCUACACCGGGUGUCCCAGACCCUAGCGUAGAUGUUAUUGUCUCACCCACCUCUACCCGCCUGGCGCUCCUGGAUCCGUUCCCAGCAUUCCCUGACUCCGACUUCACAGGCCUAAAGGUACUGUACAAGGUCAAGGGACAAUGCACAACAGACACCAUUUCGGCUGCUGGACCAUGGCUCAAGUACAAGGGCCAUCUGCCCAACAUCUCUGAGAACACACUUAUCGGCGCUGUCAACGCGCAGACAGAUGAAGUCAACGUCGCCUACGACUUAGAUGGCAAAACAUCAGGGAUCCCAGAACUAGCAAAGAGGUGGCGCGAUCAGGGCAUCGAAUGGCUCGUCGUAGCAGAGCACAACUACGGUGAAGGCUCUGCACGUGAACAUGCUGCCUUGCAACCCCGGUACCUUGGUGGUCGUGUCAUCCUCGCCAAAUCCUUCGCCCGUAUCCACGAGACCAACCUCAAGAAGCAGGGUAUCGUCCCUCUGACUUUCGCCAACGAAGCCGACUACGAUGCGUUCGAAGCUUGCGACGAAGUCGCCACAAGGGGAUUGUUGGACGUACUGAAGAGCGGUGGUAAGGGCGAGGUUGAGCUUGUCCUCAAGAAGAAGGAUGGUAGCGAGAAGGUUGUCAAGACCAAGCACACUCUGUCGCAAGAUCAGUGUGGCUUUGUGCUUGCUGGUAGCGCACUGAACCUUCUGGCCAGAAAGGGUAGGGAGAUGAAGGAGGAAGUCACUCGGAGUGCCGAGCUAACUGACUGA